AUGCAAGGAUACAUUUUAAGUGCAAUUUUCUUUGGUGUUUGUAUUAGUCAUCUGCCAGCUGGUUGGUUAGCUAACUAUAUUGGUGGAAAAAUACUAUUUGGAGCUGGCAUCGGAUUAUCGGGUGUGUUCAGUCUUUUUACUCCGAUAGGUGCCACACUGGGGCCUGGUAUACUUAUAGCUAUUAGAUUCUUGGAAGGUCUUGGUCAGGGUGUUAACUAUGGGUGCAUUACUGCACUUUGGGUAAAAUGGGCCGUACCAAAUGAGAAAAGUCGCAUGAAUGCAAUUGUGUUGUCUGGCAGUUAUAUAGGAACAUUUAUAACAAUGGCUUUAGGAGGUGUGUGUAUUAUAUUGUGGGCUGCAGCAUGGUUCUAUUUUGUAACUGAAUCACCAUUGCAGCAUCAGACAAUUACAACAAGUGAACUUAUGUAUAUUGAAUCACAUUUAACGACACCACAACCUAAACAUAUAACUAUUCCCUGGAAACAUAUAUUCUUAUCAAGACCAUUUUGGGCUGCAGUCUUCGUGCAUUUUGCUCAGGACUGGAGUUUUUACAUUAUGUUUACUGGAUUGCCAACAUUCUUGAGAUAUGUGCUUAAAUAUAACUUGAAACAAACUGGAGUUUUAUCAUCUUUACCAUAUCUGUUCAUGGCUCUGACUUUCACCGGUUUUGGCUAUCUAUCUGAUUUACUGACAUCCCGAUUUUCUACAACAGUUAUUCGCAAAAUAUCCAUUGCAACGGGCUUAUGUUUACAGGCAAUAGCAUUGAUAAUUAUCAUUCUCAUUAACAAUCGCGAUGCAAUAGUAGUUAUGAUAAUUUUCAGCGUCUCCUGUGGAGGUCUAGCAUGGAGCGGUUUCGGAAUUAAUUAUUUAGAUAUUGGCGCUCAUUAUGCACCAGUACUGAUUGGCUUAGCAACUACGAUUACAACAAUCGCCGAUUUUUGUGCACCGAUUGUGACAGGGUAUCUUGAUAAAGAUCAUACAAAAAAAGAAUGGAAUAUUAUAUUUUCGAUCCCGUGCGUUUUAUUAGUUGUGUCGUCAAUUUUAUAUUUGAUAUUUGGUUCAGUACAACCAUGGGCUAUUAGCACAGGUGAUGAUCAAUCUAUUCUUGAUUCAACAUCACCACUUGAUACAACUAGAUUAAGCACAACUUCACGCGAAAAACUAGACGAAUUAAACGAUAAAUUAAGAGAGCAACUAAACGACUCAGAAGUACCAACCGAAUCGCUUCAAUCAGUAGAGAAACACAGAGAUUUAGAUUAG